UUGCACUGGGCAGCCAAGCACGGCAAUGAAGAUGUGGUUAAACUAAUUGCCGGCACCUAUAGGGCAGAUGUGAACGCCAGAACGAACGGGGGAUACACACCCCUCCAUUUGGCCACCCAGUUUGGAAGAGAUAAUAUAUUUGAAUUACUAUGGAAUGUCUACAAGGCCAAUAGGGACAUCAUGGACUGGAGUGGCAACAAGCCCCUGGACUACAGUCGCCAGCGGUCGAGUGUGUCCGCCUCGACGUGCAGCAAAAUCAAGGCUCGCAAAAAGCAUGCAAUCGAAAAAGAUUUGGGCUUCCUGCGGAUUGGUUCGCUGAAUGUCCGGGUAAAGAAGACAACCGAGGCGUUCAGCAACUUCUUGGGAGUGGGCAAUGGCAGUGGGGUGGGGGGGCCGCCGAUGGGCUAUGGCAGUGGCGGGGGAACGGGAGCGGGAGCAGCAAGUCGCCCUCACCAUCGGUCUCACCGAGUCCCUCAUCAGCGUCAUCAUCACCACGUUGGUACGACACGGAGUCGGCAUCCGAAUCAGAGGGCAGCGAUGAGCACACCCUACGGAACGAACGGCGGCCUUCCGUCGAGGGCGAGUGUCCCGAAUAACCGGAAUAUCUACGACGGAGUGCACAAGUCAUGGGGAUCGGCUGACAAUAUACCACACCGAUCGGAGGACCUAAUGCCGCCGCCCAAGACGGUGGACUAUAUCAGCAAGCGCAAUAAGUCGUCCAAGCGUUCCUCCUACGCCUCGAAUGCCACCGAUUCGCCACGUGACUCCAUUUGCUCCUCGAACUCCAGCUCCAAUCUGAAUGGAGGAUAUAGCAGCAUGCCCACUACUCCGAAUCAGCUGCGUGCUCCUAAAGGUAUCGCUCCAUCCUUCGCAGUGGAUUCCGAUUCGGACUCCGCCUGUGGAUUUGACUCCAGUUGGUCGGUCAAUUGUCGCGGAUCUUCAAGCAGCAAUCCUUCACAAUCCUAAAUACCUGAAAGAGUGUGUUAAACCACAAGCCUAAAUGUCUACAUACAUAUAACAUA